ACCACAACCACAACCACAACCACAACCACAACCACAACCACAACCACAACCACAACCACAACCACAACCACAACCACAACCACAACCACAACCACACCCUAAUUCACUCUGA